UUAGCUGCACCUGUGAAUCAGAGCAGUUUCUUUUUCCUGUCUUGUGUGUUUCAUGAAACUGGAACAAAAAUCACUACGAACUGCUGGUUUAGCAAGUUAUUCCGAAGUGUAGUUGUUGUGACCGCAGUAGCAGAAAGGAGAAAAGCUUUUACCAAGAAGAUUCUCUACAGAUUAAUUCUGUUUAAGCUCUGCAGGAAUGGAGCACAGAUCCAUUCACGUCCUUGUGGAAGUCCUGUUCUUCCUCACGAUUAGUUUUCCUCGGGCAUCUGCAGACACACACUCUCUGCAGUACCUCUACACUGCCGUCACACCAGGAAUAAAUUUCCCAGAGUUCACUGCUGUUGGUCUGGUGGACGGAGAGCAGUUUGUGUACUAUGACAGCAACAUCAGGAAGAUGAUCCCAAGGACAGAGUGGAUAAAUAAGAUUGAUGCUGAUGAUCCAGAUUACUGGAACAGGCGAACACGUGAGAUGCAGAGUCAUCAGGAGAAUCUGAAACAGCUCUUAGCUACAGUAAUGCAACACUAUAAUCACGCUAAAGGAGUUCAUAUACUACAGUGGAUGUACGGCUGUGAGCUCGAUGAUGACGGCACCACUAGAGGAUACACUCAGUACGGUUAUGAUGGAGAAGAUUUCAUCACUUUUGAUCUGAAAACUCUCACCUGGAUCGCUCCGACACCUCAAGCUGUGAUCACCAAACACAAGUGGGAUGCUGACACUGGUCGGAAUUAUCAGUGGAAGAACUACCUGGAGAAAGAGUGUAUCGAGUGGUUAAAGAAGUAUGUGACUUACAGCAGAGAGACUCUGGAGAGGAAAGUUCGUCCCGAGGUGUUAGUGUUCCAAAAGGACUCCACCUAUCCAGAGGUGGUGUGUCAUGCUACAGGUUUCUUCCCCAAAGCAGUGAUGAUCUCCUGGCAGGAGGACGGAUGGGACACGUAUGAGGACGUGGAGCUCAGAGAGACGUUACCCAACCUGGAUGGAAGCUUCCAGAAGAGAAGCAUUCUGACAGUUCCAGCUGAGGAGCUGCAGAAACACACCUACACCUGCGUGAUUCAGCACAGCAGCUUGGAGAAGGAGUUAGUGCUGCCUGUGAGCGAGCGCCGAAUCCUGAAUCCUGGUUUGCUCUCAGAGCCUCUGGUCUCUUCAACUUUGGAGGCAGAAGCUGGAGAUACUGUCACUAUUUGGUGCCAACAUAACCUGAAUUAUCGAGGUUCCAUCUUCUGGUUUAAACACACGAGUGAUUCAGUUCCACGUCUUCUUGGGUGCAAACAGAUUUUUACAUCAGCUGCAUCAUAUCCGUGUUCCUACUUUACUGAAACUGAGCGCAUGGUGAUGGCUGUUCAGGGCAGAUUCACGUCUCUCACAAUCACUGCAGUAAAUGUCUCUGAUACAGGACUCUAUUACUGCAGCUCCAUGCAAAUGGACCGAAUUAACUUUAGCAACUCGACCUCUUUCCAUGUGAAAGACAGAAACAAAAUACUUUCUGAGAACUUGGACAGAGCGACAGGUUCAGUCUCUUCUGCUGUGUUCUUCAUGCUGACUGUGGUGUUUGGUGUAGUGAUUGUGAUUCUUCUCGCUGUCCUGAUCUUCACCAUGCUGAAGAAAAAAACAUACAGAGGUGUUGAGGCAGAAGAUAAUUAGGUAACUCUGAGACUCAAAACCAAAAACGAGUAGAUACAGUUUCCUCCAGAUUUAUUUAUUAACUCUGAUUUAAUUUUUGAACAAAAAUAAUCUCAGUCUGUAACUUGUUUCCUGAGCUGGUGGAGAUUUUUUUUUUUUUUUUAGCCUCACAUUAAAAAUCUUUUAUAUAUGUUUUUUUUUCACUCAUUUCUUAAGGGUGCCAAUAAUUUUGUGUACAGUUUAGUGCAGUAUUUAAAUAUUGUAUAUGAAUGUAAAUUACAGCAACGGAACAUUUAUGGUGUUGGGUUUUACAGUUGUUCCUUCAUUAUGACAAAAUGAUCAAAUAAUGAAUUUUAAGAUAUUAAUCAUGAAAAAAGUCCAAAUGAAAAACCUACAUGUGAUGUACUGUUUACACUAAAUGGCCAAAAGUAUGUGGACACCUGACCAUCACACCUAUAUGUGCUUGCUGAACAUCCCAUUUCACAUUCAUUCCCCUCUGUGUUUGCUGUUGUAAUGAGCUCCACUCUUCUGGGAAGCUUUCCACUAGAUGUUGGAGCGUGGCUGUGGGGAUUUGUGUUCAUUCAGCUACAAGAGCAUUAGUGAGAUCAGGCGCUGAUGUUGGUGAGGAGGUCUGGGGUUCAGUCGGUGUUCCAGUUCAUCCCAAAGGUGUUCAGUGGGGUUGAGGUCAGGGCUCUUAUUCUUAUUCAGCUUGUAAUUCAGUGUAAUAAAAUAUUCAGGUGCAAAUUGUAUUUUAAGAAAAUAAGAAAAUAACAGAUUUGUAAAGACUCUGGUAAAGAGUAAAAAUGAUCCUUCUUUAAGUCUAGACUCACUGUAUAGCUGAAGAUUAUGCUAUGUGUCAAAUUUUGUCUGAAGUAUCAUUUGCUAAAAAGGAUUCUUUCAGUUGUGAAGUCUGAAGAAACAUUUCCUCCGAGGAAAACACACACACACACACACACACACACACACACUGUGAUUCUGAUUUACUCAGCCUUUAUUUUUAAUCCAUUUUAAGCUAAAAUUGUAAAAGUGUGAUUAUUGUAGUGAAUUUUCCCCCAGAGCUGCAGUUUAACAUCAUUAUAUUCCAGUGUGUGUGUUUCAGGAGUGUGUAUGAGCUUCUUUACUCUGUACAUUUACAACAUGAUUUACUGUAGAAUUGAAUUCAGAUCAUAACGUCAGUACAUGAGAGGUUUGAUUUACAUCUUUUAGCUUUUAAUCCAGUGAGAUUUUCCUCAGUAGCUGUUUGUGGAGCUGAUUUGUGCUUCGUAUCAGACAGAAACUGGGGCUUCAGAUGUGAUUGGUGUUGAACAGAUUGGACUAAAGUGGAAAAGAACAGGAGUGAACACAGCAGAAGCAGGAGCUCAUGCUGGAUGAUCAGCACUCAGAGAAAACACAAAUCAACUAAAUGACACGGCACUGAUUCCAUUAUUUAUUAUUUAACUCGAUUUAAAGCAAAUAACAAUCCAGUAAACACGUUUUCACAUCUGUACGACCCAAAUCUCUCCCACAAUGCAUCUGUUCUGUCAGUGUAACAAUCUGAAUGAAUAAUAAAGUGUAUUUUCUUCA